CUGUGGUUCCAAGGAGAAGGCGCCAUCUUGGAUCUCUAAACACAAUACCAAGAAGUUCUGAAGUUAGAGGAGGAUUCAAAAGGGAUUUUAGCGACAGGGCUCUACCAAACAAGACGCGCUGCCACUGUAAUCGGUGCAGCGUAGAAUCUUCUCCCUUCCAGUCUACCCCGGCACAGACCCAGCCAUGGAGAUCGUGUACGUCUACACCAAGAAGAGGCUCGAGUUCGGCCGGCAGUGCAACUUCUCGGACCGCCCCGCGGAGUUGCACGUUGACCUGGCGCCAGAUGACAAGUUAGUCCACGACUUCAUCGAGAAGGACCCGUGUGACUCUGGGAUACAGUGUGCCCAGGAGAUGUCUGAACAUGAGGUGAAUACAGAACGUUUUGAGUCAGAGAGUCGCGGGGUGAACCACGUGGAGGGUGGCUGGCCCAAAGACGUGAACCCACAGGAAGUGGAACAGACCAUCCGAUACCGCAAGAAGGUGGAGAAGGAUGAGAUGUACGUCAACACCAUCCUGCAGCUGGGCAGUGUCAUGGAACACUGCAUCAGGCAAAACAACGCCAUCGACAUCUACGAGGAAUACUUUAACGACACGACACAGGAGUCUGCAGAGGAGCCGUCUUCCGCUAAAACCAUCAACGUCUUCAGAGAUCCAAAUGAGAUCAAGCGCACAGCGACCCAUCUGUCCUGGUACCCAGAUGGUGCUAAGAAGUUGGCGGUGGCGUACUCCAACCUGGAGUUCCAGCGAUCGUCCCCAGACACCAGUCUGGACUCCUACAUCUGGGACAUUGAGAACCCCAACAAACCUGAGAUGACCCUGAAGCCUGUCUCCCCGCUGGUGUGUCUGGAGUACAACCCUAAAGACUCCCACAUCCUCAUGGGCGGCUGCUACAACGGCCAGAUCGCAUACUGGGACACGCGGAAGGGCAGCCAGCCCGUGGAGCUGUCGUUGGUGGAACAUUCCCACCGCGACCCUGUCUACAAGGUCAUCUGGUUACAGUCCAAGACGGGCACUGAGUGUUUCACAGCCUCUACUGAUGGACAGGUCCUGUGGUGGGACACACGUAAGCUGGGUGAGCCCACAGAGAAGCUGAUCUUGGAUCCCACCAAGAAGAUGAACAUUGACAACGCCCUGGGUGCCAUCUCACUGGAGUAUGAACCCACCAUGCCCACCAAGUUCAUGGUCGGUACAGAGCAGGGUUCUGUGGUGAACUGUAACAGGAAGGCCAAAACACCGGCAGACAAGAUCGUGGCUCUGUACACUGGACACCACGGGCCCAUCUAUGCACUACAGAGAAACCCGUUCUUCCCUAAGAACUUCCUGACAGUUGGAGACUGGACUGCGAGGAUCUGGUCUGAGGAUAUCAGAGAAUCAUCUAUCAUGUGGACCAAAUACCACACCUCGUACCUGACAGACGGGUGCUGGAGCCCUGUCCGCCCCGCCGUGUUCUUCACUACCAAGAUGGACGGCACCUUAGACGUCUGGGACUACCUCUUCAAGCAGAAGGAACCCACCCUUAGUCUCCAGGUGUGCGAUGAAGCCCUACACAGCGUGCGUGUGCAGGACAACGGGCGCUGGCUGGCGUGUGGUUCUCACAGCGGUACCACCACCCUGCUGGAGCUGUCGGACGGGCUGUGUGUCAUGCCGCGGAACGAGAAAGUCCUGGUCACAGCGAUGUUUGAGCGUGAGACCAAGCGUGAGAAGAUUCUGGAGUCCCGACACAGGGAGAUGAGACUGAAGGAGCGCAGUAAGAGCGAGCAGGGCGGCGGGGAGGAGCACGCAGACCGCGAGGGGGAGGGCGACGAGGAGGAGGAGGACCUCGUGGCACGGGCUGAGAAGGAAUUCUAUGAAGCAAUUGAGGCAGAGAAGAAGGACAGAGCUGCAAAGGAGGCCAAGAGGAACGAAGCCCUGAAGAAGGAGAAUGAGCUACAGGGUGAGGUGAUUAUGGAGGAGGAAGGGGAGGAGAAAGUGAAUGGACAUCCAGAGAAGGACGGAGGGACCCCAGACAAUGCAACAGAGUGAAGAGACCAACACAUAUGGAGGAGCCAAAGCCAGCAGUGCUGCUCAGAAUUGAUCUGAAGACUUAGAUAGAGGACAGCUUUCCAACACCUGAAAAUAUGCAUUCCUGCACCUGUUUUCUAAUAUUUUGUACAUAUUGUGUUUUUGAAGCUUGAAAGGUUGUAGAAAAUUUGAUUGAUAGUAGAUUGAACAUUGCAUACACUCUGUAAAUGUAGAGAAUUCAGUGCCUGCAAAUAGAGACAUAUUAUUCUUUCCAUAUCUACUUUCCCAAAAUAUAUUUCCCAGUAUAUUUUCUUUUGGGUCUGUUCUCCCCAAAGGAUGUAGAA